CAUACAUACUUCCAAGUCCUCGAUCUCGGAGAAAGCUUCACAAUAUGGAGUGCCCACCCAUCGUGAAUGAACCCGAUGCACUCAAUCAAAGCUUACCUCCCACAUUCAAAGCCUGAUACUCUCCACGCUACCCCCACAGCCUGAGCAGCGGUCCCUGGGACGUGAUGGAUCCGUAUUUUGGUCUCUUCCAUCUGAUACAUAAGGUGUUCUGCAAGAUGCAGAUGAAGGAAGACUGAUACUCUCGUGUCGUUCUCACUUGGGCCCCCACCUCUCCCCAGCCUCUCGGUGAGAACGACCAUGCAGCAGCGAGAGCGUACACUCCAACCGAAAACGUCUGGGACUCUCUCCAUCGUCACUUCGUUCAGCGUUGUUGCUUCGGGAUCUCGCAGUGGGAGUGGGAAAUCCGGGAAAAAGCCGGGCAGAAGGGUGGAGGAUGGAUGUGCCCCACCGUGGUCACCAACCGGGGCGCUGAUUCGUCUGUUCAGCAGGAAACGCGAGGAUCAGACUGUGCACUCCUCCGUCGGCGAACGGCCAUCCACCAAAUCGCUCAGGAAAGUUCGCUCAGACGCCGCCGUCAACAGAGGCAAGAGCGAUCAGGAAGAGGGAUACCGCUCGCACGAAGACAUCAGCACCAGCCCCCGCCCGCCCGGCCUGCAGCGCACCCCGACGCGAGAAACCCUGGCCAGAUUCGUGUGGCCGCCCCGCGGCAGCAAACACCCGAGCCCGCGCCCCGCCCGCAGAUCCCAUAGACCGCCCAUGCUGGACUCCACGAGUCCGGCCUUCCGCAACGACGACGAUCCCGGGUGCCUGAGCGCUGCCGCGCUCACACGUACGGAUUCGCCCAUCAGCAACGCCAGCCCCGUCGAGUUCUUCUUCCCGCAGUCCAGGCCCGCUGGGCCAGCGACGCGGUAUCAGCGCGUGACGACCGGCGUGGACGAGCCUUGUGUGGCUGAGCCGGAACCUCGGGUGUUGGGUCGCUCGGCGACUGUGCUUGAUGCGCGGAGCGGUACUAAGGCGGCGCGGAUACUACUCGGGGGUGCGCCCGGCCCGGCAGGGUCUUGCUUCUCUGAUGAUGGGCGCGCGGGAUAUGCGCGUCGGCGAUCGAGCAUCUCGGUGCCCCGGGAACUGGGUGGCGGCGCGCUCGGUGACGCCGCGGUGCCAUGCAAGCUGCAGCACAAACUGCACAAACGCUCGCGGAGCGGAUCCGCGCGGUGGUCGACGCCUAAUACGUCGCGAAAAGGCUUGCUCGACGCGGGCACUCUGCCUCGAGAGCCGGCCCUGCAGGACCUCCCCCCGACUAAUAUGCAAAAUCCCACGCUGAGACUCGCUGUAUAUUCUCGACCCUCGGAUGACACCCUCGCCUUCGAGUGGGACACAGAACCACAGUCCGCGGAGCCCAGCGCACCGGACUGGACGGGCGAGUGGAACGUGGGGGACCUGCAACAGGUCAUCGGGGCGUUGCGGACUUUGCGAUGCGUUGAUAUCACCGAGUACGAUCAGGCGCUGCUCUGCAGUGGUGCAAGUGGGCUGUACAAUUAUUCGAGGAGUGAGGGCUCUGUUGGUAUGCUUCAGUCGCGUGUGUGAGAUCGGAGACAGUCUUUUGUUUGUUUGUUAUAUUAUCAGCUCAUGAUUACUGUUUUAACGGCAGGAAAGUAUUUCUCGAUAUGGACAGGAGUUAUUCAAAGAAGCUUGUACAAAAAAAAGUACCUUCGACUCGUUCUGUCUCGUAAGGAUGCAUCAGUCAAGAGAACACCGUCAUUCGCAUGAUUGCCGUGAUGGCAUCACUUCCUUCUGCGGCAUCUGCUCACCCAAGACC